CUUUCUUCAGUAGCCCCUUUUUAGUCCAAUGUCCAAUAGCCCAAGCUGUCAGAACCCUCAAGUAUAUCUUGCAACAACUCCAGACGAUAGAAAAAAAUGUGCUGAUGUGCGUGUCCAAGUUUUUGUGAAUGAACUAGGUUGCGCUCCAGAACUUGAAAGUACUGAUACUCUGGAUACAACAGUUGCCACGUUAUGGAUAGCUGCAUGCGAACAUGUUGACAGCGAUGGAACCGUAAAGACAAUCCCUGUAGGGACAAUUCGAAUGCUGCCGUAUGAAGAAGAUGAUACUGUGGGUGUGUUAAGUCGACUGGCGGCUCUUACAAAGGCGCGAGGAAUGCGAGUAGGACAAAAACUUGUAGCUGCACUUGAAGAUGGAGCAAAGAAUCAAGGCAAGAAAGCAAUCAUGAUACAAGGCGUGGCUGACAAGCGCGGAUUUUGUGAAGCGCUAGGCUACAUAGUUGAAGUGGAUGAGAUUUAUAUCAAAGAUGGACUACCACACUAUAAGUUUUGAAAAGAAUACAUUAAGAUACAUAUCUGUGCUGUGUACAUGCUGCUAUAGUAGAAGCCCCUAAAUAAUUUGUUAUUUUGUGAGCUAUAUGCACGCUUGGUUACUAAAAAUAUACUAGGUACAAUACGGCAGAAUAAAAACAAUGAGGUCUUAUUGCCGUUCC